CACCAUCGAAUCACAACGAGGGAGGAAGAGAAAAGCCAUUGGUUUGUGUAUAGAACGGUUGGAUAUUCAGGCCUCGUACACACAAAUUCUCCAGCAGCCGACAUUAUAAAUAAAAGCUCGGAAGCUUCUUGAGACCUGAACGUGGCUCGAUGCGGCACUAUAAUGGAUGUGUUUUUAACACUUAGUAAAAGCCUUUGUUUCAUUCAUAAAAAGGAACACACGUCGCCUCCGGACGCCCAUUUGAGUGCUUAUUGAACCUCGCUGUUGAAGUCUCCCUUUUAAUCCCCUCUUAAUUGGCAGUUUGUAGGUCCGUUCGGUUUAAAGGGAGAGAACGAAAUGUCGGGUCGCAGCAUCACGUAUGGCGGUGAGAGGACGUGAGCGGCUCGAGGACACCGUCGAGAAGAUGCCACGCGCCUUGCGCAAGCUCGUGCAUCUCGUGCUGCUGUGCCCGCUUCCCAAGGGCCUGCAGUCCCGUAUGCCUGCAGUGAAGGUGAAGUACCUGAUGGUGGCAUGGUUGGGUGUAUUGGUGACCAGCUGGGUUGUCUAUAUACAGUACUCAUCCUACUCUGAGCUGUGCAGGGGCCAUGUCUGCACGAUGCUCAUUUGCGAGCACUACCAUAAGGGGAUUAUCUCGGGUUCUGUGUGUAAGUCUUUGUGUGAAGAGAAAACUCUAACUCUGCAACGCUGCCUCUCCACAUCGCCUACACAUCAGGUAUACAGUGGCGUGUGGAAAGAGAAAGCAGUUGUAGUAAAGUGUGGAUUGCAUGAUGCUCAGCGUGAUGCCAGUCUCUAUGAUAAACCCACACGUGGCACGUCCAUGGAUGAAUUCCGAGAGAUGCUGCACUCUUUUCUCAAGAACAGUCUGGGUGAACAGCUUUCUCUUGGCUCACUUGUCUUGCGUAUUGUCUCACUGGCUGAUGUCAACGCGGAUGGCAAAGUAUCUCUAGCAGAAGCAAAGUCAGUGUGGGCUCUACUGCGCAUUAAUGAGUUUGUCUUGACUCUGGUGCUACAGGAUAAAGAGCAUGCACCCCGUCUUCUGGGGUUCUGUGGUCAGCUUUACACCACAGAGCAUGUGGCCCACAGCACUCUCUUCAGUGUAAACAUACCAUCCUGGCUCCAACCUCUUGUGCCCAAAGCUCUAAGCAGUUCGCUAAACCACUGGCUGGCUCCAGCCUGGCCACGCCGUGCACGAGUCUCAAUUGGGCUGCUAGAGAUGGUCGAGGAACUCUUCCAUGGUGCCUAUGGCACAUUCUACAUGUGUGAAGCCACCCCCCAGCGUGUGGGCUACAGCACCAGCUACGACUGCAAGAUGCCUGACCUGGGAGGUGUGGUACCGGAAGCAACCGUACGGGCAUUCCUGAGAGGACGAGCUUGUCAAGUAAACACUGACUGCACAUUUGGGAGUGACUGCACAGCCACUUGUGACCGCCUGGCUAAACAGUGCAACAUGGAAGUAGUGCGACCAAAUUUGGCUAAAAUUUGUGCCCUCCUGAGGGAUUUCCUAUUUUUUGGGACACCAUCGGACUUAAUGGAUGACUUGGACAAGCAACUUCGCACCUGCAUGACACUGAGUGGCCUGGCCUCGCAAAUGGAGGUGCAUCACUCACUUGUGUUAAACAACCUCAAAACGCUGCUAUGGAAGAAGAUCUCGGACACCAAGUAUUCUUGAUCAAAAAAUCUUGAUAAGGUUGGUCAAAGCAUGUACACAGAAAUAUGGAAGAAAUUCAGUGUACUGAAAGGAAACUCCAGUAUAUUGACCAGCAAUCUAUCAUUCUAGAUGUGUAUUUGAAUGAACAUCUUGAGCCAUAACCUUCAGUAAAGAAGCUUUAGUAAGAUAUCUUUAAAAGUGUGCAUCAGGAGAUCUCUUUAAUGAACCAGAUAUAUAGAGGACAAAUUGGCGUAUUUUCUUCCCAUAAUCCCACAUUUUACUACCUACUCCUGCAGAUUUAUAUAAAUACAAAAUAAUAUGAGGUAGUUUUGGAUGUUCUAAAAACUCUCUCUCAGAUAGCCUGCAUUUUCCCAAUUCAUAGUUCCCAAAAUAUAUAGUUAAUAUUCCAACAUUGGCUGUUUUUAACUUAAUAUCUAUAAGAAACUGAGCAUAUUUAUCUUUGGCAAAUGCUAAGAAACAAAAUGUAGAAAGAAAAUAAAUACGAAAUCUAAAUAUUAAAAAGGGGUUACAAAAACAUAUCUAUAUUUGGUGACAAGCCGUUGCCAUUAAAAGUGGGUUAGUAAAACUCAGGUUUAAUGUUGUGUAGUUUAAUUAGUAAGCUGGUGGGUUGUUUCCAGCAGAAAUUGCUGUGAAUUCUACACAUUCUCUCAUUGGCUCUCAGUUGCUUUUGUCUCUCAGCUCUCUGUUAUCCGAAAUGUGGUCUUUUAAUUACUUAAAUAAUUAUUAAUAAUUGAAUUAUUUGAAUUUAAUACCGUAUUUACUUAAGGCAAUCAAAAAUGACAUGUAAAAUGACUUUUUGUGAAGUGAAUAUUUCAAAAAUCAAAAAUGUACUCUUUUCUCCCUGUUGUCACAGAUUGUAGAUGGAGAUGCAAAUACAGCCUAUUCGUUAUCAAGUCAAACAAAAACUAAAGGAACAAAGUGGAUGUAAGAAGCAUGGACAUGAAUUAAGAUUACAAGGCCAGAAACACAGACAGGCGAUAAUAUUUCACACAAGAUAAAUGCUUGACAAAGAAAACACAAAAAAUAGUGUUAUUAAUUACUGAAACAAGACACAGGAACAGAUAAUCAUGCGGGCAUACUGUAUGAUCCAGUCCUGUGAUGUGCUCGGGUGAUGACAAAUGUAGUUUCUGCCCCGUUGCUGGGGCUGACAUGACACCUACCCUCUAAUGUAGAAGAGACAAAGACAAAAUUUCUACUAAAUGUUAGGAUAGUAAAAGUGUUCAUGAGUAGCUAAUAUUAGCAAAAUUUUCUCCAACAGUUUAAAACAAAAGAAGGCGGUUAUAACAUAAACUUUCCUCACAGGGCAGUAUGCAAAUAUGCAAAGAUACUUUCCAGGUUAAAGGUUUACAUGGCAGAUGUUAUAUAUUAAUAAAUACAUAUUGUCCAGUUAGACUGGACAGAAAUGUUAUUCCAGCUAGCUUCAGUGACUUGACUCUAUUACAGUAGGUAUACACAGGUAUAGCUUUUAUUCUGACUGAUCUCAGUUAAAGAAUUAGUGGAUUGUUGUGUUCUCUGCAACCUCCUCAACCCCGUCACCCCCUGACUCUCAAUUCAGCACACGUGUCAAAGUUUUACUGAAAUACAGUUUGUGUUCUAGUUGAAAUGUGGACCAGCAAAAUAGUUCAGGAGCACUGGACUUAUUUGUAUGGAAAAGCGACUCUGUGGUAUUGUGCACAUUGGAACAAAAUGAAUAAAAGGAAUUUCAUACUUUUUAUUUAAUGAAGUUGUGAAACAUAAUUUGUGUUGGUGGCAGGCUGUCAUUAGUAUUUUCACUGCAACACAUGCUGAGCUCCAUGUCAUUUUUGAUUAUACUAAGUGGUGAAGCAGAAUUUAUAGUAGACUUACUUAAUUAUUUAUAAUUAUCUAUAACUACUCUGUCUCUACUCUUUCGUGAUUUCAUUCUGUAUAUUUGUAAAUAAAACGUGGUUAAAAUGCAACCAAAUAUUGUUCUUGUCCUUCAGCUGCUCUUUAUUUAGGGUUGCUACAGCAGAUCAUAUGAUCCACACAUUCUUUUGGCACUGGUUUUAUCCCAUUUUAUCCGGGCCUGGGAACGGCACCCCUCACUGACUUCCCUGGUUCCCUGCCUAGUAAUCAAACCCCGGCCAUGGCUGUGAAUUGUGCUGGAAGUUUUUUUUUUAUGUCAGUGAAUGUAUAUUAGCUAGAAACAUGGGGUGGGGGCUAAUGACAGACCAAAACAGUGCUAAUGAGUAUGCCAUCAGGUUUCCUUUUUGCUUAACCAAUGCUGUAUUGGAUGGGACUUCACCCAAAUAUGUCAAGGAGAUUCAGUGAUUUCUGAGAUUUGCCAACUUUUGUUGAUGUUUUAUUAGAAUCUAGAGAGUUAUGUCGCAGCAUCCAUCACCUCAUUAACUAAGAAAUCAACUAGCCCUUUUAUGAACCAACGAGCCCUUUUUCAGUACCAAUAUAAAUUGGUACUGGUCAAGUUCGACACCUGUUUAUCCCAUAUGGUUAGUUUCCAGGUCCUGGGGUCACUUUUCGCAUCUUCAACAAAACCUGGGACAUUAUUUUGCCCUUUGUUUUUUUCCCCUUUUCUAAUUCUAAUAAAAACAACCCUUGAAAUUACAUUUAGGACUUUGUGUAGUGGAUUAACUUAUCAGGCUCUCCUGAUGUAGACCUGGGUUUUUAUUCCUGCCACUGGUAGUCAGUGUACCAGUGAACUCCUGGAACAUCGUGGUGCUGUAUUGUUGGAUUGGCUAUAAAUACAAAGACCAUCUUGGGUUCCACUUGUGUCGGGUAAGAACAGAAAGCUGAGGCUUCAAUGGGAUGACUCACCAAAACAGUUUGUUUAAGACUAGAAAAACAUAGCCUGGUCUGAUGAAUCUCAAAUUCUGAAGAAGGACACAGAUGAUGGUGUCAGAAUUAGGUGCAAACAGCAUGAAUCCAUGGACCCAACCUUCAUUGUAGACCCAUCAUUUAGAUACUCAUCAAUCAUCACUUAAAUGCCUCAGCCUAUUUGAGUUAUUACUGAUCAUGUGCAUUCCAUAUGCGUCCCUUUAUGGCCAUAAUUCCCAUUUCACCCAUAUUCUUAAGUUUAUUACUAGCAUAACAAUUCACCAUGUAACAAAGCAGGUCAUUUCAAAGAUUUUAUGAAUAUGGUGGAAUAUGGAAUUUCAGUGGUCUUCACAGUGACUGGUUUUAAAUCCAAUAGAACACCUUUGGGAUGUGGUAAAAAAGAAGCAUGAUUUUCAGGCAACUGCUGGUUGGGGACCUAUACACUACAGUACAAUACUGAAGAUGUGUACAAAUUAUUUCCAGACAUUUCAUGAAUACUGCUAUUGUAUGUGUCAUGUCUGUGUUCUCUUUUGCCAACUGUGCAGCACAUUUUCAGUACUGUCUAUGAAAUACCACUGUGUCCCACUUGAAUCCUGCUGACUUUAUCCAGCAGAACAUUAUCCUUUAUUCAUCCUGUUGAAGCAUACAAAUAAAGUUUUCUGAUUGUCUGGGAGCAUGGUGCAAGUGUCCAUGAUGGAGAAAAUGCAUAGAGACUGGCUGUAUGGUAAACUUUCUUCAGAGUUAAAGCCUUUUCAAACUGAUUUUUAUUAAGCUUGCUUACUUUAGCAGUGGUCCAGCCUUUUCUCCUGUUUCGUUGAAGAGAUCAAAUGAUAAUAUUUUAAAAACAUAUAUUAGGCAUUUUAAAAGACUGCAGUGUUUAAAAUCACUAGAUAAAAAUAAUAGCAGCUUAAAGUAAACCUCUACCAUGAUGCAAUGAAAUUUACUAUAUAGAUAAAAUCAUAACUGCCAUUUUGUGGGUAGCAGUCAAGGUUAGUUUUGAGCCUGUCAGUGGCACUUGUGAGCUGGUUGAGGCUGAUCUGUUGUUCUUGAUCUGUAAGGUACUCAAGGAGAGUCAGCACAAGGGAAAGUAUUGUGGAUUAUUCAUCACCCAAAUGGACCUCCUGGGAAUCAGCGAACCGUCUGGACAGGUUUACACUUUGAACAGUGUACAUAAUGGAGCCACAAAUUAAAUAAACUGUAUACAGGCUUACAUAUAAUUUGUUUGCUAAUAUGUGUUGUAAAGGUCUGAGUUUUACACUGGUGCAAACCUGCCAACAUUGGAAAAAAAUUUUGAGUAGCAACUUACUGCAGCGACACGGCGCGAGGUCAGGCGCAAGUUCACAUGCUCACUCAUCACAACUUUUUACUUAGCACAUAGUUCUCACUCACCACCAUAUCUAGUUAUUCAACAUACAAGUAGACCAUGAAGAACUCUUUUAUUGAAAAGGCAACAUAAAAAC